UCUCCGCUCAGCCUGUGGAAGCAUGAUUUCUGUCGUCUCCACUGUGGAGAGCGUUCCCAGAGGUACGGGCACCCCGGCGCCGAGCCUUUACCAGCGGAUCAGGAAGGUCUUAACCAGGGACCUGUUGGUGACCCUGGCCCUGGGUCAGGUCCUGUCCUUGUUAAUCUGUGCAAUUGGACUGACCAGCAAGUACCUGGCUGAUGAUUUCCAUGCUUAUACGCCGGUGUUCCAGAGCUUUCUCAACUACAUCCUGCUCUUCCUGGUCUACACCACCACACUGGCAGUCAGGCAAGGUGAAGGAAACUUGUUGGCUAUUCUGAAGCAGCGCUGGUGGAAAUAUAUGAUUCUGGGAUUGAUAGACAUUGAGGCCAACUAUCUAGUUCUGAAAGCCUACCAAUACACUACACUCUCCAGUGUACAGUUGUUAGACUGUUUUGCCAUCCCUGUGGUCCUGCUGCUCUCCUGGUUCUUUCUUUUGGUGAGGUACAAGGCUGUCCAUGUGGUCGGGGCAGGUCUAUGUCUUUUGGGUAUCGGCUGCAUGGUGGGGGCUGACAUCCUACUUGGCCGCCAGCAAGGCCUUGGAGAGCAGAAGCUGUUUGGGGAUCUGUUGGUUCUCGGAGGAGCAACACUUUAUGGGAUCUCCAAUGUCUGUGAGGAGUUCAUAGUGAAAAACCUGAGCCGUGUGGAAUUCCUUGGCAUGAUGGGCCUGUUUGGAUCCUUUUUUAGUGGCAUCCAGCUGGCCAUAAUGGAACACAAGGAGCUGUUGAAGGUACCCUGGGACUGGCAGAUAGGUCUUCUGUACAUUGGGUUCAGUGCCUUUAUGUUCGGCCUGUACAGCUUCAUGCCAGUAGUAAUGAAGAGGACAAGCGCCACCUCAGUCAACCUCUCUCUGCUCACGGCUGACCUGUACAGCCUCUUCUGUGGCCUAUUCCUCUUUCACUACAAGUUCUCAGGCCUCUAUCUGUUGUCAUUCUUUAUCAUUAUCUUGGGCCUGAUCCUUUACUCCUCAUCAUCUACCUAUGUGGCCCAGGACCCACGGGUCUACAAGCAGUUCAGGAACACAGGCAGCCAGCCGGUCACUGACCCGCCCCAGCUAAGUCCUGGAGUCCUAGAGCCUGCUGUCACCUAUACCAGCCUGGGUCCUGAGCCAGGGGACGAGCCUCCUGUACGUGUAGCUUAAGAUGAUCUCCAGGAGAGUUUAGUCUGUCAGCCUGGUGGGUCAAUCAUUCAGCUGCAUCCUCCAGGUUCUGCCCACAGUUGUGUACAG